GUUUAAUAAAAUUGACUUCGCAGUUUGAUGAUGCAUUUUUUUGGUAUUGCAUAUAAUGAUGCAAGUGACUCUUUCAGGAUAGCUAUAAAUACGAAUGAAAAAACAACAUUUCCAAGCAGUUAAAGCUCGACGAGCGUUCCCAUGUUGGGACGAACCAGCAAUAAGGACUACCUUUAAUAUUUCGAUAAACUGUCAUAAGAAUUAUAUCGUUAUAUCGAAUACGAUGGCAGAAACGUUUUUUGUACAAGGUGAUAUGAAAUGGUCGGUUUUCCGUACUACUCCUGCAAUACCCACUUAUCUUGUAGCAAUUUCAUUAAUGAAUUCCAAUUAUAAUAAUCAUAUUAAAUAUAAGAUCGGCCAUUGGUACUACAGACGGGAUUUGGAACCGGAAGAAGAUAUUUAUAAACAGGAAUUAGAUCAUAGUAUGAAAAAAAUAAAUAUGGCACGGUUAAUAGCACGUGAAAUAAUACAUCAUUAUUUUGGUAAUUACGUUAGUCCGUCUUGGUGGUCUCACUUCUGGUUGAAUGAUGGUAUUGCUAUGCUACUUGGAAUUCAUGUUAUUGAAAAGCGCCUGCAAUAUUACGAUAUGUUGUUACUGAUGAAGUGUUUUGGAAUGCUACUAAAUUGUAUUCAAAAAGACAUGCAACUGGAAGAUUGGAUAAUAGUUAACUCUCAACAAACUGGAUAUUAUCGCGUUAAUUAUGAUACUACGAAUUGGAUACGUAUAGCAGAUUUUCUGCAAAUGAAUCAUACAAUGAUACAUGUUUUGAAUAGUGCUCAAAUAAUCGAUGAUGCAUUUCAUCUUAUGGAAGCAGGUCAACUCAGUGCCAAUAUAUUCUGGGAACUCACGUCUUAUUUAUGGAAAGAAACAGAUUACAUUGCAUAGUAUCCUAUGUUUAAAGCUCUUGAAUACAUGUCAAGUUUCUUUCCAUUACAUAGGAACGAAGUUGUAAAAAUAAAGACAAAAAUAUCUCAUCUACUAUAUACGUUGCUUUUAAACAUCGGAUAUGAUUCCAAUACACAUAAUGAUGAAAAUCAUAAUGUAACAAUGGAUGAUGAAUUUCUUCAAUAUUUAAAACAAGAGGCCGCAAGAUGGGCGUGUACUUUAGAUGUAACUCAUUGCCUCGAUGCAGCCCAAAGUAAAUUGAAACAGCAUCUUGAAGAUUCUGAAACGAACAAACUUCUACCAUGGUGGAAAGAGGGACUUAUUGUAAUGGUAUAGUUACGGCAAAGACUCUAUUAUGGUCAAAAGUAUUUCGAAAAUUAAAUCUCGAGACGGAACCCGAUUAUGCGGUUUUAAAAGCUUUGACUUGCUGUCAAAAUUCUCAUCUGAUCGAAAUAUAUUUGCAAACAGUAGAAUCAGAAUAUAAUCUAAUAAAGUAUAUU